AUGGUGAAACAUAGACAGUGGUCCAAAAUUACCUCGCUUUGGAGCUCGCUAUUGCAGACCCCUGAAAACGAGCGACUGCCAUUGGACUCUUUGCUGGAUCGAUUUGAUCGCUUUCACUUGCCUGAGUAUUCCUUUUCUAGGCAUAUCUUAGCUUUAUUUGCCUACUUGCAGAAGGGUACCGGGAAGCUUAGUGCUGCAAAGGAAGACUUCUCUCGUCGUCUAAUUAAGCGCUUCAUCGCCUCUCAUGACAUGGUCAAAACCACACCGCUACCAACUUUGCUUUCGCUGUUGCGCGGAUCCCGCCCUCUUGGUCUUUUCACCAAUAGACACUAUUUUGAUUUGAUGGAAGUCUUCCUAAAAUCAAAGCACAGGUCAGAAUUUGUCAAGUGCAUUCUUGUUUAUCGCCAAAUGCGAUUAGAAUCUCCGGAUGCAACGCCGUUCUCGUACACGAUCCGUGCUAUCCUUGAUCGCUUGUUGGAGUUCAACAUGACCGAAAGCAUGAUAUACUUUUUGGACGAAGAGGCGCACUUUGAUGAAUAUAACAGACCAAGCAUCCGCUCAUACCAUGAGAUUAUGGAUGCUUUUUCAAAGAUUGGGGAUGUGCGAACUGUCCAAGACCUGUUCGAUAGAUUGCUGGCUGAUCACGGCUCCCCGAAGACUCAAAGGUCGGUGGCCCCACUUCUUGCCGUUCAUGCGCGGCUAGGUGAUGUGGCUGAGACACGGCGACAAUUCGAGCGAAUUCCUAUGGAAUUUGGUCUCCCGCUGAACACAGUUUGCUGGAAUAUACUGCUUCUGGCGUACACUACUGCCAAGGAUUUAUCAGGUGCUGUUUCGACCUUCUCGCAAAUGCGAGAAAAUUAUGUACAUCCCAACUCGUACACAUUUGGCACACUGAUGGGGAUUUUCGCCGAGCGAGGCGACGUCGAAGCUAUCCGUCAAUUACUCAAAGAGGCGCAGAAGAGUCGAGUACAAAUCUCGAGGCCAAUGCUUGAUACGGCUGUUAUGGUGUACUGCAAGAAUGGGCAAUUGGGUCAUGCGGAAGAGCUCGUCGCAAACAGCUGGAAUUUAGCGGUGGGAGGAUCUCCCUUGCGAAUGUGGAAUUUUCUUCUAAUGCGGUAUGCAUUCAGGGUAUCAAAGUUUUCCUUCCGACGCGUCCUUGACCGCAUGGGACGGCUAGGCCUGAAACCGGACCAAAUGACUUACGCGGCUGUUAUGGCUGCUUAUGUCUAUGCUAAGCAGGUGGAUCGUGCACAAGAUACUCUCAGGAAGAUGCAUGAAGCUGGUUUGCAAGCCACCGAGCAUCAUUAUUCCAUUCUCUUGCUUGGGUAUGUGAAGCAACGGAACCGUGAUAUGGUGCACGUCCUCUCCCGCGAAAUUCAAGCACGCUUCGGUCGAGUUGGGAUGGAGGCGAGCCUGUUGAACCUGAGGAUGCAGACUGCGAGAGACGUGGAAAACGCAAAAGAUCUUCAGACUCCCGUUGAAGACAUCGUCUUGGAGAACGCAGAAAAGAUCGACGGUCGACGGCCAGAGGGCUCUGCUGUUGAGUCUUUCACUGCAACGCAUUAUCAACGUCUGAUCGACGCAUACGGCACGCAAGGCGGCGCCGAAAAGGCACUUCAGAUCUUCACCCAUUACAUGCAACUCAGACGAACUGCGGGAUCAUCAGACGGCGAUGCAUUGGGAUCCUUGCCGAUAGAUUUCAUCAAAGCCGUUAUGAAUGCCUAUGCGGAAACCAAUAACUAUGAGAAAGUGGAAGAGUGCUGGAACAGUAUUAUGGAAAGGGCAAGCGAGGAAGCGAGAACCUGUGACCUUGACAAAACCCUCUUUGCACGAUCGUCGACGUUACCCCAGCCAGCGCCAACCGAGUCCCCUCUCCCAUCAAUUCUUUCGAUGUCCACCACACAAGCAGAAAAGCCCAAAAUCAUUCCCGCCCGACGCUUCAUCCUGGACAAUCCACUUUCGAUUUACCUAGAGUCUUUGGCUCGCCGAGGCAUGUCCGAAAGAAUGCAUCAAGUUGUGGCUGAAGUUCAGGCAGCUGGCUUUGCAUUGACUGGUUUCAAUUGGUCAACUUACGUUAGAGUACUUGCGACAUCUGAUAUUUAUUCCGACAAUGUGGAGGCUUUUAGACUAUUCGAAGAGAAGUUCAUUGCUCAUUUCCCUGGUUGGUCAUGGUUUCUCAAGGGAUAUGGCGUGAGACCAAUUAAUGCCCCGGUGACAAUCCUCCAUCUUGAAGGUCGCUCGGGUAUCACCAAACCUCGCAGGAUGAUGGGAAGAUUGGCCCGAAGGCAUUGGCGCAAAAUUGAGCCCGAUUAUAUGCACCCUCAUUACCCCACCAUGGUGCAUCUAGCCAGCACACUGCAACGGCUCCGGCAAACAAGUAUUGCGCAGGGGAAUGAGAAUCUGGCGAAUAUCUACAAAAUUGCACCAAAGACUGUUGAUGUCCUUGCCGCGAUGCCAUACUCACGUGAUAAACAUCAGGGUGUAAUUCUUCGCGGCAAGGCACCGAAAAGCCAUCCCCUCCCGCGCCCAACCCAUCUGUUCUCCUCGCGCUCUGGUGCUCUUGGCCCCCGCCGCGACAUGCGUGAGCGCAGCUUUGAUAAUGCGACUAAGGAGCCUCUCAAAUUGAACAAAGACGAAUACUCCGAGCCUUCCGUGAACGAGUGGAAUAUGUCUGGCUUACUCCCCAGUGGCCAUCAGAAAGUCUUGGGUCCUUUGGCGAGCAUCCUUCCUCGCGAGGACCGAAUUGACCUGGAAACCACAGUUCGCGAGCAUUUCGAGGAGACAAUUUCCUGGGAGGAACGAUCCGAGAGGUACAAGGGCAUUAUUGCUAAGGCGUACAAAAACAAGGACAUCGCGCUCGCCGAUGUCUACGAACGACGUUUGGCCAAGAUGCAACGUGCCAACACCAGGAGGCUGACCCCCGAGCGGCAACUGUUUGACAAGUAUAAUCGCAAGUGGAAGCUGGAUACUUCAAACCACCUUCUCUUCAAGACCGAUACUGGGCUCCAUGUGAGACCCGGACGGACACCAUCGCAACGAGACUCCGUGCGAAAUAGACACAAGGGACCCUGGACACCUAGGGACGGACCGGGCGACGACCGCUGA